CAUAAACCAUAAACAUGUCUCACAUAGCUGUCGAGAGAAACCGGAGAAGACAGAUGAACGAGCAUCUCAAGGUUUUACGGUCCUUAACCCCGUGCUUUUAUAUCAAAAGGGGAGAUCAAGCAUCAAUAAUAGGGGGUGUAAUAGAAUUUAUAAAGGAGCUGCACCAAGUUCUUCAAUCCUUGGAAUCCAAGAAAAGAAGGAAGAGUGUAAGCCCUAGCCCUGGUCCUAGCCCAAGGCCAGUAGUGGUGCAGCCAAGUUGUCAAGUGGUUGACCAUAGCAACUUUGGGUUUGAACAUGUUAAGGAACUAGGAGCAUGCUGCAACUCUCCUGUUGCAGAUAUAGAAGCAAAGAUCUCAGGGUCGAAUGUUGUGUUGAAAAUCAUCUCACGGCGAAUACCUGGUCAAAUCGCCAAGAUAAUCAGUGUGUUGGAAAGGCUUUCAUUCGAUGUUCUUCAUCUCAAUAUCAGUAGCAUGGAGGAUACUGUUCUAUACUCAUUUGUCAUUAAGAUAGGGCUUGAAUGUCAGCUGAGUGUGGAGGAACUAGCACUUGAAGUUCAACGAAGUUUCUGCUCAGACACCAUUUAUGCAAAUGAGAUUUAGUUUUUUUUUUUUUUUUUUUUUUUCAUCAAGUGAUUAACUUUCAAUAAGGUC